AGUAUAACUAUGAGCAAGUUUCGUUCCAAGCUGAAGAAAAAGAUCAGUGGUAAGCGAUGGAAAAAAGGUGGAGCUUCAUCUUCUAACCCGGAGACGAGCAAACACCGCAUCAAGGCAAAAAGCCGGUUCUUCCAGGCUAAUCUUAGCCUGGCAUCGGGCGCCGCGGAGAAUGGUCAGUCCGAUCAGAAGAGCAAACUUACGCUCGAAGCGGUCCUCAAGCAUGAGGCCAUUCAGUCGUACGGUAAUGAUUCGUCUGCAAAAGCCAAAGCGCCCACCGUUAACGACAUCGCUGAAAGUAUGAAAUCGUUCACAAUGAAAGAUGGCGAAGAUGAAUUAAUGUCACAAUCACAGCAGGGCACGUUUAAAACGUUUCAAACGUUCGCGUCUAACUAUAGCGCUUGCACAAACAUGAGCUUUAAGAAGUUGUUGAAUAACUUCCGUGCCGAUUCGCAGUUACAGAAAGAUAUGCUCGCCAUUCUGGCCGCCCUCACGGAGGUAAUCAAAGAGAACGGUGGUGGCCAAAGCAGCACCGAGUAUUUUCUCGCCCUUAUGGAAACGAUUGAAGCGACUAAAGAGACCAACGACGUCGUGGCGGCCGUUUCGUUGCUAACCAUGGGUAUCAAGUCUGUCCCAGAAGCCGUCCUGCGACGUAAAUUCUCCGAUACAGCGCAAAUUCUUCUCGCUCUGCUCGAACGAUACACUGAAACGGACAACCAGGUUAUGACGCGUAACCUCAUCGGUUGCCUUUCGGUGUUGCUGCGUGCCCAGGAAUACGGCCAGUGGAAAGUGUCGUCCACGUUGAAAUUUUUUGACGCUAUCUUGGCAUUCACGAUCCACACCAAGCCGAAACUUCGCAAAGCUGCCCAGCAUGCGGUGGUGGCCAUCAUUUACGGUAGCUGCUUUAUGUUACCGGCAAAAGAGAAAGACGCAGAAGGAGAGGGCGAAGAAAAUGUGGAGAAAUCUGCCACUGAUCAGCAGAAGAAUCCACUGGUCAAGCAUCAUCCGGCCGGCGGACGUGUGGCACGCUUCUGUGUUGGGCAGUUCAAACCGGAAAAUGUUGCCAACAACCAGACGGUGAUCCUGCACGUCCUUGGCCUGCUCCACAAUGCGCUGCCUGGUUUUAGCCGGGACGAUAUCAAACUGGUGGCAGAAAAUCUCCUUUCCAUAAUGACCGCUACGAACGUGCUCAUUCGGACGAACUGCUUCCAAACUUUCCACUCGCUGUUCUCAUCGAAGACGGAAAAUUUGAGCCCUGUGCUGGCGGGAAAGUUGAUCGCAGCUCUCUACGAUUACCGUCCUGAUCGAUCGGAUUCGCGGCAGAUCAUCGCUUGGCUGACCGUGCUGAAAGAGGGACACAUUUUUCUCGCCAAAUACGAUCUCGCGAUGUGCAGUUUUGCGUUGCCGAAGUUCGUGCGGGUUUGUGCACAAGAUUUCUGGUCCUCCGAUCGUUUAGAAGUCGUGUCGGCGGCGUCGAACGCGCUGAAAGACAUUCUGUACGAGUGUGUACAGCCGUGCUGUACCGAUGAGGCCAUCGAGGCGCAUCGUAUACCGUUGGAAAAGGUCCUAAAGUGCAUCAUCGACGUUCUAUGUAGCGCUCCGUUUGGGCAUGCAUCGACGCACGUGCUGAUCAUACUUGCGAUCGCUUUUGAUAUUGCGGGGCGUCACUUUGGCGAAACACUCGCACCGGCGCUGACCACCCUCGGCACCCGGUACGAUCCACACUCGUCCAAUCGUGUUCAGAUCGAACAUGCCGUACUGCAGGCGAUCGGUUCGAUCGAUACGGAGCUGGUGCUGAAAUGUAUUCCCCUUGCCACCGAGGACGGGAAAAUAGAUCUCGAUCGGACGUGGAUGCUGCCAUUGUUGCGCGAGGGACUGCAAGGCUCAAGUCUUGCGCUGUUCAACGACGUUAUCCUGAAACUCGCCUACCAGUGCUACCUGCUGUGGCAACAGUUGAAGGAAACGGACAAUAAAAACCAGGCGCACAUCUUCGAGCUGCUGUGCUGCCAACUGUGGGGUCUCUUUCCCGGCUUCUGCCGUAACCCGAAGGAUGUUUCCAGCUUCCGCAUGGUCGCGAAAACACUCGGCACGGUGUUGAAUGAAAACGCGGACCUGCGGGCACCGAUCUUGGAUGGCUUGAAAGAGCUUAUCACCCACCUGCAAACGGACGCCGACCGUGACGAUGUCGCCCGGUAUGCGAAGAACUUCCUGCCGCGGUUGUUUAACAUCUACACCACAAAGCCGAAGGGUAGUUUCGAAAAUGAAACGCGCCUGGCGGCGUUUGAAACGAUUCAGGCGUACCUGAGCAUCACGCCAAGGCCGGUUCUGGACGAAAUGUUGACCACGGCGCUAGCGCAGCUACAGGAAAAGGCACCGGGCACGUUCAUCUACGAUAUGCUGUUCGACGUCGUCGAACAACUGGCCCUUUACCAGUCGAAAGAAAAGCUCGAUCAAAUCUACCAGAAGUACAUUACCGUCAUACUGAAGCGGGAGAAAAAGGAGGACGCGGUCGCGAAGGGAAAUGCGAACCAUCGGCGGCAGAUGAAGAAGGCGUUCAAGCUGAUGCAGGAAAUUUUGGCUUCCGAUAAGAAGGGUUGCGUUGCGUUCGUGGAGACGAAGCUAGGGAACAUUGAGAAGCUGCUGCUCGGCACAAUGCGGCUGAGUUUCGAUGGCAUCCAAGCACCUCGGCUAACCUGCUUGAAGUUGAUUAUGGAGAAGCAAGCCUCGGCACAGUUGAACUGCAAACUUAUUCAACGAACUAUAAUGGAAGCGGUAACGACAUACCAUAUGGACGCUAUUAAAAAGGAUAACAUUGCGGUCGACCUGUUAACAAAGAUUGGUCAGAAGUUUGAUGAUAAGGGAAAGAUCAACCAAUUCAUCGAGUAUGUCAUCGCUGGCUUUGCGGGUGACAGCCAGAUGAUCUGCAAUACUAUCUGGGUUCUGCGGGACAUACUGCAACAGUUUACUGCCACGCUGUCGAUCGACUCGGUCAAGUUUAUGCUGGAGCAGGUGCUUACGUUCCUGGUCGGAAACAGCCGGCAGGAGGUGGAUGCGGCGCUUCACUUCCUCUUGGUGUACACGAAAAUCUUACCGAUUCCACUUGUGACCAACUAUCUCUCGCUGAUCGUGAAAGCACUCUCGAUGAUGGUUCCGGAUACGAAGCGCCACAGCCGGUUGAUGUUGGGUUACAUUUGGAAGAAACUCUGCAAGCGAUUUGGUCCGCUCGAAAUCAUCCAGCUGGUGCCGGGUAACGACGAGGGUACCCACAAGCGACUGAAGAGGAUACGCAAGGAUAUGGCACGGGCGAAACGUAACAAAGAGCUGCAGAAGGGCAAGGGUGGUGACGACGACGAUGACGACGAGGAGCCGCAAGAUGACUUUGGAAGUCAUUUGCAGAAGAAGAGUUUAACGAUCGAUGAUAUUCUGGAGGACUCCGACUCGGAUUCGGACUCUGGUGUUGAAGAUGAAAAGAAGAGCCGGCAAAAGAAAAAGAAGGGCUUGGAAACGUUCAUCAAGGAGUCGGAAGAUAACAUUGUCGAUUUGGCCGACCUGGAUGCGAUCGGCAAGAUUACAACAAACCAACCGAUGGAGGAAGAUCAACCCAUUGCCGGGCCUAGCAAGCAGCGAAAGGAUCCGAACCGUGGUUUCAAGACCGAUGCCCAAGGACGAUUGUUGAUCAAGGACAUCGAGGACUAUUCCGAUUCGGAUGAGGAUCCGGACGAAGCGGUUGGCUACGCCGACAAGGCUAAAAAGCGUGCAUAUGAUCAGGAGAGCAGCGAUGAGGACGGUGAGCAGGAGCAACUGGAACCGAACGCGGAUGACGAUGGACCAUCGUCCCGAAAGCGGAAGGCCAUCGAUGCGCUCAGUGCCCGCUCGGGAAUGUCCGGUGCAUCUAGCCGGUAUGUCGCCGGUGGUAAGGGUAUUCAUCGUCCGGUGGCGGCCUCGGUGAAAUCGGGUUACAGUGGCAAGUCCGGACGUUCCCAGCGGACGGCAAAAUCGAACGUUUCGACCGGUGUCGAGUAUCGGUCGAAGAAGGCAUCUGGUGAUAUGCUGAAGAAGGGUAAACACGAACCAUAUGCCUACGUUCCGCUGAGCCGCAAUUCACUCAACCGAAGGAAACGAGCCAAAAAUGCAGGCCAGUUCAAGAGCAUUGUAAAGAGCGCCCGGAAAGGAGCGGCUGCCGGUUCGAAGAGUCGCCUCCUGAAGGCCGGUUCGAAGCGGAAGUAAGCUGAGAGUAGCCGGAUGAAAGUAGUUGUGAUGUGAAAUAGUGGAAAGCUCGUGAAUUCAUAU